GUUUAAGUCUUGUCCGCAUUUGCUAGUUCUCAUACGGGUAUUGCUCAUGUGAUGAUCAACACAGAGUUUAGAAAAGAGAAACACAAAGUAUAGAAAACACACAAAUAAAUGUGUAACAGCAGGCUAAACAUUAAGAAUGAAAGAACAGAGAUAUUGUAGCAUAUGACUUUGGGUAGAGUUUUUCUGCGUGUUCGGCCAAUAUGAAAUGGAUAUCUACACGCUCACAAUAGUUGUGUUCCUUUCUGGGAUCUCCUGGGUUUUCUCGACAAACUAUAUACUAGGCGUGUCUACGAUUUACUCAUGCUGGCAACAUCAAUUUGAUGACUAAAUGUGAAAUACAAGCAUAGCACCUGCUUUAUUGGUUUGUAUUUAGUCAGUCAUAGUGAUGUGAGUGUUGUCCGGUGUCGCAUUUAUGGGCAUUGCACAUUUUGGAAGAUGACGAGCAGAAUCCGACUUUCAGGUUUAUCAGUAAGAGGACUUUUAAGCCAUUUCGGUACGACGCCUUUUCUAAAUACAGUGAGCCUGACCAGUGUACGAGGAUUAAAACGUUGGGAUGAACCCCCCACCUAUGACCCGAUUGAUCUUCCACUUUCGGAACGGCGUCUCGCUACGCUGGAAAAACAGCCAGUCUAUCCUUUCGGGGUCAGGGCGAUGAAAGAAGCAAAAGAGCUUGAAGUUAUUCGCGGGCCGGAACGAGUAAACAAUCGCCUACUGUAUGAUCAAUAUGGAGUAAUAACCUUGUGUGGCGGGUUUCUGCGACCCGGACAUAUUGAUAUGAUUCGAAACACGAUCAACAGACAAAUGAAUUUCACCAAAGCAUUCGCUGUAUGGCGUAUCGAUCCACCUUACAAACCCAUCACGAAAAAAGGCCAAGGAAAGCGUAUGGGUAAAGGAAAAGGCGCCAUCGACCAUUAUGUCACACCCGUCAAGGCUGGGAGGAUUCUCUUCGAAGUUGGCGGCACCAUCGAUUUCAAAGAAGUUGAACCCUUAUUACAGGAGGUCUGCUACAAACUUCCCGUCGAUGCCAUUCCAGUAUCAAAAGCUAUAUUCACUAAAAUCGAAGCUAAAAUCGACGCCAAGGCCGCAGCUAACAUUAAUCCGUUCAACUUGCGACGAGUCAUCGACUACAAUAUGCAUGGCAGUGAUGUUUACAUUGGAAAAUAUGAUAAACAACAUUAUGGAGAUUAUAUAUAGCCGCGAGCGCUCUACGAUCUAUCUGUGCAACCAAUACUGUAUAUAGAUUAGUCCGUGGUCUUCACCGCACGCUACCAUUAGUUUCCCUAAUAUAGGAGACUUUCCACCGUAAUAAAAACUUUUUCUCCAGUUUUUUAUUACGUGAAAGUUGUUUUCAAUUUCAUAAACAUUGACGUCACGUUACUUCGUCUUAAAUUUUUGCAGCAAAAUUACUAGAACAUUUUUGUGUACAUUUUAAAUUUAGAUGGUACGUAUGAGGUUAUGCAUUAUUAGAGAUUUACUCUCUGUAUGAACAGAAAAUUCUAGGUGUAUUCAGAGAUGAUGCUACAUACCUAUCUACUUGUAAAUACGUACCCAGAAUUAACCAUGAAAUGGCUGCAGAUUCUGAAAGUGUAUUGGUUUUAUUAAGUUUUCUAAGCCUUCUUUCUUUAGCUAAAAUUCCAACGGGUCCAACAAGCACGUGCGCUCGCUUCGUAAUUGUAACGGGAGAAUGGUUUAACCUACACACUAGUAUCUACUGUGUCUAUAAGAAGAUAUGAAAUUAAGAGAAAAUCUGUAUAUGCUAAAAAACGGCGCGCUACACACAUGCACACACUUCAUUAGAAUUACAUCACCACUUAAAAUUUUGUUUUACGUAUAAAGCCUAAGGAUUGAAGAAUUUUGGAGUUUGAGCUACAGAUGCCUUAUACAGUAAGUGAAACACCGUCAAAUGGGUAAGCUUGGAUCACGUCGAAUAAUAAGAAUGAGUUGUUCGUGAAUAAGUUAAGGGCUAAUAAAAAGC